AUGUCCGACGCCUCCCUACGAGCCCGCCAUCCAGAGGGCGGAACCUCGUUCAUCCCCCAAGCAAUCGAUGGGGAUAGGAAAUCGGGGGAUGUGGAAAUCAGCAGCAUUGAGCAUCUGGAAGAUUUGAAGCUCGACGAAACUCAUAGGAGGUUGAAGGUGAGGGAACCGAGGAAAGCCGUGGUCCUCGCUGACAGCAUCGGCGGCACGUUGGGCACCGCGAUUGUCGUUCAGAUAGGCAGCGCCUUGACGAAAGGUGGACCUGGUGUUCUAUUCAUCGCCUUCACUCUGUGGUCUACCUUCAUUCUGGCCAUCAACUCAUGCCUGACGGAGAUGGUUACAUGGAUGCCCAUAUCCUCGCCCUUUAUUCGUUUCGCCGACGCAUUCGUCGAUCCGGCGCUCGGAUUCGCCGCUGGGAUCAACUUCUUCAUCUUCGAGGCGUCGCUAGUGCCCUUCGAGAUCGUUGCAUUCAACCUCGUACUGCGAUUUUGGACCGACAAGAUCCCUGUGGAGGCGGUCUUUGUCUUCAUCCUCGUUUGCUACUUCUUGCUCAACUUCUUUGCAGUACAGUGGUAUGGAGAGUCGGAAUUCUGGCUAGCUAUUGGCAAAGUGAUUCUCGCCGUCGGUCUCAUAUGCUUCACCUUCGUCAUCAUGCUCGGCGGAAAUCCUCUGCAUGAUAGGUUCGGCUUUCGUAACUGGGAUCCUCCAUUCGCAGAGUACAUCAAGACGGGUUCUCUUGGGAGAUUCCUCGGCUUUCUCGCCUGCUUCAUCCAGGCGUCGUUCACCAUAGCUGGCCCCGACUAUGUCGCGAUGACCGCCGGAGAAGCAAGUCUCCCGCGCACGACCCUCCCUCGCGCGUUCAAAAGCGUCUUCUUCCGCCUCAGCACAUUCUUCAUCCUGGGCUCCCUCUGCGUCGGCAUCGUGGUUCCCUACAACGACCCGGACCUUCUGGAUGCGCUCUCGAACGCCAAACCUGGCGCGGGGUCGUCGCCCUACGUGAUUGCGAUGCAGCACUUACAUAUCCGAGGGCUGCCGCAUAUUGUCAACGCGUUGAUUGCCACUUCGAUUUUCAGCGCGGGAAACAGUUACGUGUACUGUGCGAGUCGGACGUUGUAUGGGUUGGCGCUCGAAGGAAAGGUACCGAGGUUCUUCGCGAGAUGUACCAGGAACGGCGUUCCGUACUACUGCGUAGGCUUGACGCUGGCUAUCGCCCUACUUUGCUUCCUCGAGGUCUCCAAUAGCUCAGCCGUUGUGCUUCAGUGGUUCGUCAACCUCGUUACGGCGUCCCAACUUUUAAACUACGCCAUCAUCGCUUACACCUAUCUACGAUUCCACAAAGCCUUGCAGCUUCAAGGGGUCUCGAGAGAAUCCCUCCCGCAUCGUAGCAGAUGGCAACCGUUCUGCGCGUACUACGCACUCGCCGGGACUUUGACCAUGGCGUUCGUCAGCGGUUACACGGUAUUUCUACCAGGUAACUGGGAUGUACCGACCUUCUUGUUUUCAUACACCAUGAUUGGUUUGGUGCCCGUCCUAUUCGUUUUGUGGAAGGUAGUAAAGAGGACGAAGGUGAGUGUUCCACCAUUCCCUUGGUUCCUUGUGCGAGGGCGCUUAUGA